GACAAUAUAUGAGUGGGUGUCUAUCGCGCUCUACCAUCCUUCCAGCUUAUUUCAUUUGCACUUAAAUGUUACACAUUAUAUACGUUUAUCCUCCUUGUUGUCAAUAUAGUUUAAUACCUUAGUCAGAUUUGCAGUUAUUCUCAUUUAUAAAAGUAAAGUGUCAAAUCUAGCAACAUGAAAACAAUAACAAUAAACGAACCAAUAAAUCUUAAAGUUGUGAGUUAUGAAUUAGAUUUUUCUACUUUGUUUACGCCACGGGAAAAGAAGCAGAAAAAGAAAGAUAUCAAAAUACCGAAUGUAAGGCUACCGAAAAAGCCCUACAAAAUUCCUUCGCCACCAGUUAUUAAAAACAAACAACAGAACAAAGAUGUAAAGAGUCUAGUAGAAGAACUAUUAGACGACAUUUAUGCAGAUCGACGCGACUGGUGCCGCAAUAGUGAUGUUACAUGUAGCCACGGAUCGACUACAGCCCCAUCUUUUUCGUCGUGUCAAUCAAAUUAUGGAGAACAGACGGAUGCAAUAGAGCGAAGUUAUUUGGAAUCAUUGCAACUUAAUGAACUACACUAUCAAAUUGAAGAAUGGGGGAACAAUUUACAAUCGGCAGGCGCACGGCUUGCAAAGUACUUGAGAGCACGAGAUCGUCUGAAACGGCAGCAAAAGAAGCUUUGUACAGCAUUCACAAUACUCUUGCGGCAUAUAACUGGCGACACAAAUGCCCGGUUCGGCGUGACGCCAGGGAACGAAGGCCCAGGAGAGGGAGGCUUCGCAGAAUGGCUGCAUGCGAUGCGGCUGGUGGCUCGUCUUCCAGCUGGAGUGCCGCAACAUUUUCGCAGAAGAUUAUGGCUAACGUUAGCAGAACGCCAUCUAAGUUCAAGGAACAUCGACUGGCCUGUUGCGGAACGCGCUUGUUUCAAAGGCACAGCCCAACCUGAUGACGCCGAAUUAAGUGCUCAAAUACUUAAGGAUCUUCAUCGUACGGGCUGCUCCCUGUUCUGUGGUACAGAGGGACGCGAAAAUCAAGCCAUGCUGCGUCGUGUUUUACUUGCAUAUGCACGAUGGAACAAAGAAGUCGGUUAUUGUCAAGGGUUCAAUAUGAUGGCUGCCAUAAUUUUGGAAGUAAUGGAAAAGUCCGAGUCGGAUUCUCUAAAAGUCAUGAUAUACUUGGUGGAGGCUGUAUUACCAGAGGGAUAUUUCGCAGAUGACUUGCGUGGUCUAUCUGCGGAUAUGGCGGCGUUUCGUGAUCUGCUUCGGCUGCGAAUACCGCGGCUGGCACAUCACAUGGACUACUUGCAAAAAAUAUCCGACGGUGGUGGCGUAGAGCCGCCUCUGCCAGACGUUUUCACCAUGCAAUGGUUCCUGACGCUGUAUGCUACGUGGCUACCUAGAGAGUCCCUGCUUAGGAUAUGGGAUUUGAUUCUACUUGAUGGAAAUGAGAUCCUUUUAUUGACAGCUCUUGCAAUUUGGGAUAUGCUACAGGAGUAA